AUGAGCAACUGCAACAGCAAAUCUUCUGCUAAAGACUUUUAUCUCAUUGGAUUUCCUGCACUUCAAGAUUUCCAGAUCCCUCUUUUCCUUGUAUUUUUGUUAUUCUACCUCCUAAUACUAAUUGGCAAUAUCAUUAUUAUAGCUGUAGUUGUGGUCGAUCAAACCCUUCACAAACCCAUGUACUUUUUCCUAGCCAAUCUUUCUGCCUUAGAUAUACUGGUUACAACUACUACCAUUCCCAAAAUGUUGGCAAUGUUUCUGGUCAAUGCCAAAACUAUUUCUUUUCAUGUCUGCUUUCUGCAGAUGUAUUGUUUUCAUGGUCUAACAGUGACUGAAUCGCUGCUUCUUGUAGUCAUGUCUUAUGAUCGUUAUGAAGCAAUUUGUAAUCCUUUGCAUUACCCAGUUAAAAUGACAAAAAGAGUAAACAUUCAACUGGCAGCAUGUGCUUGGAUAACUGCAUUGUUAAUACCAAUACCUGUCAUCUUCCAGACCUCUCAGUUAACAUUUGGUGAAACAACCACAGUUUACCAUUGCUUUUGUGAUCACUUGGCCGUUGUGCAAGCAGCAUGUUCAGAUUUCAGUGCCUCUUUUCAAACUUUCUUGGGGUUUUCCAUUGCCAUGACUGUUUCAUUUGUGCCACUUAUGCUUGUCACCCUAUCAUAUGUUCACAUCAUUAUCUCCAUAUUAAAAAUCAACUCUAAAGUAGGUCGCAGUAAGGCAUUUUCUACUUGCACUUCCCAUUUGAUUGUGGUUGGCACUUACCAUUCAUCCAUUGCCGUGGCAUAUAUUUCCUACAGAAAAGACAUGCCUAUUGAUAUCCAUGUAAUGAUCAAUGUUGUUUUUGCUAUUUUAAUUCCUUUGUUAAAUCCACUCAUUUAUACUUUGCGAAACAAGGAAGUUAAAUGUGCAGUAAAAAAGAUUGUUUUUCUGAAGAUCUUUCCUCCUUCUAAAAACUGUAAUCUCAUGGGGAAAAAUUAGCUGCAACACAGAAGUUUUACACAGUACCUAUACAUCAUAUCAUCCCAUUGUAAAGGGGUUAAAUAGGGCUUAAAUCUGUGGUUGUCAAACUGCGGGUCACAACCCAGUAGUGGAUCGCGGAAUGUAAGGCACUGGGUCACAGCAGCUCUGGUCAGCACCACCAAUUAGGCCGUUAAAAGUCCUGUCGGCGGUGCUGUCUGGCUAAGGCAGAAUAGUUCCUACAUGCUCUGACACCGCACUGUGUCCUGGAAGCG